UCAGCCUUUGGUUGGCCACGUGAGAAACCAGUGUGUGUGGAGUCGAUAAAAUGCACACAAACACUAAAAGACGAUAUGCCCAGGCCACGCCAACCGGCACGCAGCACGAUAACGGCAACGAGGACGGCGACGACGGCCCGCUGGUGCUUCAUUUCCCUACACCUGCUGAUGGACAGGAGGCAAGGGGUGCUGCUGCUGCAAGAUGAGACCAAUUCAGCUCGUCAGUGACGAGCCCAAGACGAUACCUGCUCGAGUCUGGAUCCAGCACCCGCAGCUUCGAGACCUCUUACAGACAGCAGGCAGUAGUAAAGAGAACCGCGGCAAGGUCCUCUUCGUCAAUCGCUUCAAGGUCGAGUGCGCCGAUUUCGAUGCUGGCCAUGGCACUGGGGAUGGCGAUGAUGAUGGUGAUGGUGUCGGUCUCGAUGGACGUGGUAAUGUCACCCGCAAGGAGCCUGUUUCGACCUUUUGCACCUUGGACUUCCUUGCGGUCUGUUUGACAGCUGCAGAGGGGCUAGUCGCUGUCGGAGGGCAACAGUCGGAAAUGGACAUUCGACCGCUUAUGCCGCUGCCUUCCGCUGCUGCUGCCAGCGCCUCUACGGGCAGCGCCGGGUGGGAAUGGGCAAACGAAGAUGGACUGGCUUCAACCUCAUCGUCGUCCUCGUCAAGACUGCCCCCGAGAUGGCACCUUCGCACACCGACGGGUGGGAGCAUCAACAACAGCAUCUGCAUCUACCCGGAUCUAUCGCCACCCUCUGCGGCGCAAGCAGGACCCUCGUCUUCAUCUUCUCUGCACAAGCGGGCACGCGGAGAGGCAGUAAACGCUCGUAACGGAGAGCCAGGCUCCCGGUUCUGGCGGCGAGACGACCCUUCUGGUCGAGUCGAAGGUGAAGAGGGAAGUCUGACCAAUGGUCCAGGAUCGGCGAUGGAGGUAGACGGAAUGCAUUCUCGUGGCAACUUUUAUGACGACGACGGCGGGGACGACCUUGGUGCAUUUUCCGGCCACCGAGAUGAAAAGUCAGCUUUGAGUAUCGCAAAGAGGAGCGCAGAAGAAAGAGGAGGAGUAGGGGGGGCAGGAGGGGGAACAUUGGCAUUUGGCGCCGUCGUUUCGGGAGCAACAGGUCCGUCUCGGGAAGCAACCUCGUCGUCCGAAGAGGAGAGGGCAAAAAGCACGGUACGCGUGCUCGUGAGCAACAAUGACCAGAGCGUAAAGGCAUUCCGACUGCAGCCGCCAGUGGGGAUGGGGGCGGGCACAUCGAGCAGCGGAGCCAUCAUCGACAGCAGCGCCCGGCCCUUCGUCUCAUCGUCAGGCACACCACCUCAGGCAUCUUUGACUGGAGGCACAACCUCGAGCAGCGCAACCAGUGGCUUUGGCGAACGCAUCGAAAAGAGCCUGCCCGUCAUCUCUCGAACAAAGACGGUCAAGUUCCCGACGUGCGUCAAUCACUCCUCAUUCAGCCCCGACGGAAGGCAUCUCGUCUGUGUGGGCGACACCCCGGAGGUCUUUCUCUUCCACGUCGAUUGGCCAAAGGGAGACCUCGUCGAGAUUGCCACCUACACUGCCUCAUCGGAUGCCUCCUUCUCCACCUCGUGGUCUCCCGAUGGGCUGCAGUUCGCCGUCGCCUCGCAAGACGGCAUUGUCUCGGUGUGGGACGUGCGAUCAUCUCAAAAGAUUGCCACACUCACAACGUCGCAAGACGCAAACCAUCUCUCGGGCGCCGGUGCGGCCAGGGUAGUCAAAUGGAGUCCGCGGGGCGACAUGCUGGCAUAUACUGAGCAUCAAAACUACUUUCAUGUCGUCGAGACGACAAACUUUUCGGCUGGCCAGAGGAUCCACGUCCCGUUGGGCACGAGCGGCAGCAGCAGCAGCGCCAGCCGGCAUCCUCACCACUUUGCAUAUGGCAACGGACCGCCUUCGUCUGCUCAUCGAGGCGCCUUGCCACAGAGCCGGCCCCGUUCGAUUGGUGGCAACAGCAUUGGCGAUUUUGUCGACCUGUUUGGAUCCUUGCCCAGGUACUCUUCGAGCCUCCGGAACUCGACCACGAGCUCAGCAAGGACUGGCCGGCUUGGUGGAGCCGAGCCUGUGGAUUCAACGACGGCGACAAGGAACGAUGAGAGAGAAAGCGGCGACGAUGGCGACGAUGGAGCAGACGAAAGGUCGAGGCCAGCGGCAGCCGCCAGUGACCGGGAUCGUGUCUCCGCACCGACGAGAUACGAGGCAGCUGGAGGCCUCGGGGUGGGAGCAGCACCGAGGGAGUCGCCCGAGUCGGGAGCUCGACGAGCUGCAGGGACAUCGGCAAGGGGCUCGCCCGCAACGAGAACCAAUCACAGUCCUGGAUCAGUGACGGCACGGGACAGAGAUCGAGAGCGAGGUCCUGACCGAGACCGAAAUCGGACCGGAGACGGCGAUCGGCACGAAUCUUCUUGGCUCAUGACGGAGGCGAGGUUGCUAGCUGCUGCGAGGGCAGGUCGAUUUGCAGCCGAGACUGACGAGCAUCUGUCGGCAACGGUGAGCCAAACGAGCGCUUCGGAGACAGCGACACACUCGACGGGCCAGACUUCAAUCACACCUGGCGAAGAGCCAUCGUCUGGCAACGAUGGGACACCACCAGCCUUCCUGGCCCGGUCCGUAGAAAGCAUCAUUCAGUCUCUCGGCGCCUCGUCGAGAGAGAGAGACGUGUCCCCUGCUGCUACUGCGGCCGCCUCGGUGCGACGCGCAGUCAUGGCUGCAGGCGACUGGCCCCCUUCCUCGAGCUCGGCCAACGUCCGGCGAGAUCGCGAGGCGCUCUACCAGCAGCUCUCGAGCAGUGCAGCGGGCCCUCCGCCAGCAGCGGCAGACAUAGACAUUUCUGGACUUGCAUGGGACCCGCUCGGAGAGUACCUCUACGUCUCCACCGACUGCCUCGUUGCACGCUACGACGUGCUGGAUCUGAGGAGAUCGUUUGGGAGCGCAGAUCUUCUGUGAACAUCCUUGCUCUCUCGUCUCAUUUUCGCGACGAUGUUUCAGAUGCCAGAAUUGGAUUUUGAUGAGAUUUUACCCCUCUCUGUACCGGUCUGUUCACUACUGGCAGCAGCAGUAGUAGUAGUAGAACACGCACCCGCUUCUUCGAUGAGGA